UGGUCCUCACAGCGCUCCACAUGAGGACAAACACGCACUCGUUGUUCUGAAGGAAAAGUAAAACAGUAUUCACAAAAGGUCUGUUCAGGGCUCGAUCCUCCAGAUAAAAGAUCUUCAAAAGGACGAACCGGUAUUAGUGGCUUUCGGAACCCCUCGCUUUCCCAUCCUCCCCUCCUCUCUCCGUCCUGCCCUCGGUGUCUCCCCUUGUUCCCGCACCCCUCAUCCUUACCCUCGCUCCCCUUCCCCGCAGCCCUCCGAUCCUUCCUCCCUCAUUCACCCCCCAGCGCCUCCUCCCUUCCCCCCCCCCUUGUCCUUCCCCUCCCUCCUCCAUGACCCACGUCGCUCCUACUGGCCUUGUGUUCCUGGCUCCUAUUGGCUGGCUAGGAUCUGCCCCGGUCGAUGAUUGGAGGAGGGCGGCGUGUUAAUCAAUGUUCAGGUGUCCGGGGGCCGCAUCAUGGCCGCUCCGGGGUCAGUGUGUGUUGACGAGUGAGAGUGGUAGGGUCGCUGGAGGGGCUGUCGAGUUCCUGUUCCAAAUACGUUAUCCUGUGAGUCUUACAAACCCUCACCUCGCCCGACUGUAACUCUCUGUUCCUUGGUGGUGGGGUCGCAGUAGUCAAGGGGAGCUGCGCCGGGCGUGCACGCGGGCGCAGUGGACCUGUUGAAGGCUCAGACACAUCGCCGGAAACUCGGACAUGGUGAUGACACGCGGUUGAACACGGAUUAGCUUUUUCGAGUGUUUUCGGCGCACGUCGCUGAAGGCUGGAGUGGCGGUGUAGGGGAUUUUCAACAGUCGAGCAGCGUGGCGUGACUCCCUCCCCUCCCUGGGACCCUCCUCUCUUCCUCACUCCCUGCGGCGACGAAGGGAGCACGGCGGCGGCCGAGAACCUGUUGGACCAGAGUGUCGUUUUACAGCGGUGACGAGGACGUUCAGGGAUUGGCCGCCCUCACUCGAACCCCUCCCCCUGGCGUCAGGUCCUUGGGGAAGAGCCAAGCAGCCGAAGCAAGGGACGCAGCAGCCGCAGGAGGAGCAGCUGCACAAGAAAGUUCGUGGCGGAAAAGCGAGGCGAACAAGGCUCCACCAAACAUGCCCGCGGAAACGAGGGUUGGUUCUUCGGAGUGAGAGGAAAGCCGAGCGUUCCCUCUCUCCCUCAAGACAGACUGUGACCCACCGUCCCAGACCACAGCCGUUAACAGGUGGUUGUGGUGAGAGCCAGACCAGAACCACGGCUUGGGCGGACCAUGUGGCGGCUGGCCUGGGACCUGCAGCAGCAACACGACUGGCCACAAAGGUCCUAGUGCCAACUCAGAAAUAUGUGAAGAAGGAACCAGCGGGAGUUUUCAGUGUGAGGGAGAGAGACUUCGUGUACCGUGAGAAAUAAGCUGAGGCUUUACCUUUUGUUGGCCCAGAGCUUGAGUGUCCUGUCCCUGGAGUCACGACGGGCAAACACACGGCAAAACGCACCAAAGCCGCCACCGUCGCUGCUGUUGUCGCGACACAAACUCUCCGACAAACUUAAACUGAGCCUCCACUGCUCCGGCGGCGCGGCACUGCGGGAGCAAGAUGGUGUCAGUGCUGCCUUCCAUGGACCACACUUUUCCUACCUUGGUCGACCUUAACAAGGAACAAGCCGUGCUCGACCAGCAGGUGAAGCGGCAGCGCCUGGACACGGAAAGAGACUCUGCCCAACACAGUGCUGGCUCAUGGCUCGACCAUCAUCUAAGGUGUGAGGUAGCAGCUGUCGCGGCGUCACCAGCAAGCCACAGCGACAGUGGGUGCGCCUCUCCUACAGAAGGCUCAGGAGGGGGAGGAGGAGGAGGAGGAGGUAGUGGUGGAGGAGGAGGAGGGGGAGGGGGAGGAGGCAGUAGUAGCGAUUUGCUGACCCCACUAGUGAGUCUGGGCCGAGGAACCUCCAUAGCGGCGGGGCCACUCACCACCUCGCCGGCCGCCACGUCCUUGUCCCCGUCCUACCACGCCGCCGCCGUCACCAGCACCGUUGCCAACCCGGCCACCUCCACCCCCAACGCCAACACCAACGCCGAGGCGCCGCAGGCCACGCACGCGCCGCAGCCGUCCCUGCAGCCUCUGGACCCCGCCUGGCUGACCACCUCCUCCCUGCACCACAACAACAACACCCUGCAUGAGGUGAAGGGGGAGCCAAGCAGCAGCAACGACCCGGACGUCUUCACGGAGGCGCUGCCGCCCUACACCAGCGUCACCGCCUCCACGGCCGGCACAGACAAGCACGACCUCUCAACCUCUCACCUGCAGCAGCUCUACUCCAGCACAAUGCAAGCGUAUGGAGGGAAUUCGUACAUGCAGCCAGCCGGCUUCUACAACACUGUCCCAAACUCACAGUACUAUGGCCCCGACUACCUCCUCAACAGCACGCGGAGCCUCAACCAGAGCACCAAGGGCACGUUGGGCUCGGGCUCCCUCAGCUCCUCCUGCCUCAGUUCCGCGGGCUCCCUCGGCUCGACGGGCUCCCUGGGCUCCGCCACGGCCUCCUACCUGACCCCCUACGGCUCCUUCAGCGGGAGUAGCGGCACCCAAUGUCAGAACCCCUACUACGGCGCCUCCUACAACACCUCCUUCGCCGCGGGCAACACCCAGAACUACACCUCCACCCAGCAGGGCCUGGACUCAGCCUACUACUCGGCGGCGGCGUACGCGGGGCAGGCGGCGGCGGCGGGGGGCUACUACUACGGCCAGAGCUACAGCGGCUACAUGGGGUCCUCAUCCGCCUCCUCCCCCUCCUCCGUCGCCACCGCCUCCAACGGGCUCACCUCCUCCGGGCUUCCCUCCGCGGCGCCCUCCACGCCCAAUUCCACCACGUACCAGCUCACUCUGCCUAUUGAACCAGAGUCGGCCGGGUUCCAGGGAGUGGACAGCCCCUCGUCACCGCUCAAAGACACAGCCUCCAGGGCGCGAAACGGCAGGUCCCGACGAAGCAAUCCCUCGCCGGACCCCGAGAACAAGGUGGAGCGGGUCUACAUCUGGGACCUGGACGAGACCAUUAUCAUCUUCCACUCCCUCCUCACCGGCACCUACGCCAGAACCUUCGGCAAAGACACCGCCAAUGCCGUCCAGCUGGGCUACCACAUGGAGAAGCUCAUCUUUGACCUGGCCGACACACACUUCUUCUUCAAUGACCUUGAGGAAUGUGAUCAAGUCCACAUCGAUGACGUUUCAUCUGAUGACAACGGCCAGGACCUGAGCAACUACAACUUUGCAACUGACGGAUUCAGCGCCGCCAACAACAAUGCCUCUCUGUGCCUGGGGACCGGCGUGCGGGGGGGCGUCGACUGGAUGAGGAAGCUCGCCUUCAGGUAUCGCAAGAUCAAAGAACUCUUCAACAGUUGCAGGAACAAUUCUGGCAGUCUAUUAGAUCCUGAGAACCGUGAGAAGUGGCACAGAGUCCGUCAAGACAUUGAAACCCUGACGGAUCAAUGGCUGACAGAAUCCAUGAAGUGUUUGCAGCUAAUAGCCUCCAGACCCAACUGUGUGAACGUCCUGGUCACCACGACCCAGCUGGUCCCUGCCCUCGCCAAGGUCCUUCUCUACGGCCUCGGCUCUAUCUUCCCAAUAGAAAAUAUAUACUCUGCUACAAAAGUAGGUAAGGAGAGUUGCUUUGAGAGGAUUGCUUCAAGGUUUGGGCGGAAGCCGGUGUACGUGGUGGUGGGCGACGGCCGGGACGAGGAGAUGGCAGCAAAACAGCUUGAUUUUCCAUUUUGGAGAAUUCAGACCCAUCAUGAUUUCCUGAACCUGUACAAGGCCUUGAGCAUCUGUGGCCUCUGAACACCCAGCAACAACUACAACAUUAACAACUCCAGCUACACCUUGGUCUCUUCUGUUUGAUUUUAUCACUGUUUGACAUUUACUAUACUUCUGCCCUGGAGCACUGGUCAAUGACUGUUUUCACCAAUGCAAUAUGUAUGAUAUAUAUAUAUAUAU